UCAAAAUGUUGACAGAGGCUGCGUCUGUGAAUACUGACCGUUUAAAUCCCAUCGCUUUUCAGUUGAAAUCUUUGAAGACAUUUGGAGCAAUACAGAUGGUAUUAGGUGGUAUCCUAGCAACCAUUGGAGCCGUCGGUUUAAUUUUGGAUAAGAGCAAAAAGGAUUGUUCUUUUUCAUUAGAUAUCCACUCUUACCUUAGAUUUGAUUUCUUAAAAUGUGAAGAUCGAUCAAAUGAUCUCAUUGGAAUGGACGGUGCAUGUUUAGGAUUAUCUAUAUGGGUAAUGGUAACUGGUGCCAUACCAAUGUUUAUGACCCAGAAGAGAGAAACGGAAUGGAGAAGUCUGAGACUGGCGUUUAUGGUGUGCAGUAUUAUUGGAGCGUCAGCAAUCGUUCCAACAAUCGGUGCUUUGGGACUAGCUGGUUUGAUCUUCCGAAGGGCAUUAUUGCCAUGGGCAGUGGAAACAUGGGCAACUUCAGUAGCAAUAAUGAUAACAGCUUUCCUCACGUUUGUACUGACCAUCGUUUCUUGUUCGUACUCUCUUUGCUGUGCUCCAAAACCAGAGAAUGAACAAAGAACUACCAUUAUAAACGUUGCUAACGUUGUACCAAGUAAGGUACCAGGUUAUCAGUUUCCUAUGGGAUACCAACCUAAUCCUUACCUACAAGGACAAAUGCCAAUGCAGUUCACAGGAGCGGGUCAAGUUCCGGGUAAUGCACCAGCUGCAUCAGGAUAUCCACUGUGUCCGACAAGUCCGUACGGAAUGGUACAACAAUCUCUAUCUGGUGGUAGUCCACAAACAGUCAAUGAUAAGAACAUUGAAAUUGAUUGA